AUGAGAAAUAUAUUGAGCUCUAAAACAACAGCAGCCGACAGUUCAAUUGAAAAUGCUCUCGGUGAUGAACCAACUCUCUCUGUUCAUUCUCUCAACCGAGCUAUUUGUGUUCUGAUUGCAAAAGUGGAUAGAUUCUACUCGCAAGUAUGUCGAGAACUGUGUCUCCCAGCUCUUCACGAUCUCUGCGUGGCAAUUGUUUCAUCAUCGGAAAAUCGUGUUUUCUAUUCAGCUCAAAAGCAUAUCCAUCUGACUGCACCGGUUUCCUUGCUAACAAGAAUUUCUGACAUAAUAUCGACACUAUCACAUCGUCCCCUGAUUCAUCAGAUGUUCAUAUAUCCAUUGGUUUCAUCUCAUUUCGUGAAAGUCUGUCAAUGUGAUCAAGAGUCUCGUAUCGCUGCUUCAGCUCUUGCGGAAGUUGUCACAAGACUUUUGAUAACUGAAUCACCUGGAAUGUCUUUCAAUCAAACACUUAUUGUGCCCUUUCAGACAGCAUCUUGUUCUGAAAACUGUUCAGAAGAGACAAAAGAACAGCUUCUCUGUGCCUUGAGUCAAUUAGUUUUAUCUCAAGCUGACAAAAUAGGUUCUGGAUGGAAACCACUUUUUGGAUCUCUAAAAGCAGUCGGCGCAGCCCGAGAUGAGAAAGUUCAUUGGUGUGCGAUCGAUGUGAUAUCCUCGUAUCUUCGAAUUGAUAGCCCUUCAAUUUUGUCUUCGAGUAUCCUUGAAUGUGUUCCGUGCGUUGUGAAUUUACUCCAGAAUUCUGAUGACUCGUCGGAAAUUUCGUCAGCAGCACUUCGACUUUUCCCCAAUAUUUACUCGCUGAUUUUAUAUCUCUACAGUACUCCACACAUUCCAAAUUAUCACUUGUUGCAUCGAUCAGAUCUAAGGUCGAAGUGUCUGGAUACGGUUGAACUGGAUCAAGAUCCGGUUGCAGUCCCUCAUGGUCCAUUGCCAUGGGAUGAUAAACAGACGUAUGAAAUAGCAGCAGUCGAAUUAUUUCUCACGUUUAUGGAUCAAAUUUGUGGAACACUUCUCACAUCCUCGUCAACUACACAGAAGAACCUUCUUGAUAUGAUUGGACGCCUUCUAGUCGAUAUAUCAAAUAAGCCGUUGGGAGCAGAUAGUGGAGGUGUUUGUAUGUCUGCUGUGAUACUUCCAUAUGUCCAAAAAUGGAUUCGAAGACCUGAUGUUGAAGAAGUGAAAAUAUUGAAACAAGUUAUUGGAGCAUGUACUCAAACUGUCAUUGACAUGCUCGAAUUGGAUAAAAUGUCUUCAUGGCGAGAUCGUUUGCUCCGUGACAUAUGUUCUUUGAUAGUUGAAUGUGUUCUUUUCGACAAAACAUGUGCUGUUGCUCCCGCAUAUUUCACUCUAAUUGCCAAUAACUCUGCUGGUUUUUCCACACAACAAUGGAAUAUUUUCAGUCAUUUUCUUGCCACUGCAUCAUCCCAAAGUCUCCGUCACAUUCGACUUCUCAACUCAUUUUUCGUGCGUAGUUCUACAGAUGAGAAUGGAGACAUUGGGGAUGUGACAUCUUUCAAUCCAGAGAAAUUGUCUUUCCGCCAAUUGCUGGCGGCGAUUCAAGUGUUUUCAUCUGAAAAACAUGUGAAACAAAAGGAAGAAGAAGAGGAUUUGAGUUCUGGAGUUGCGUUAAUUAUGCUCUCUCAUGGAGCAGAUACUCAUCGACUAGAAGUCCACUCUAUCGUCUCAACUCUCUUCACCCACUGCCUCCUUCUCCAACUCAUUGCUUCUCUUCUUCUGUCAGAAGAUUCGAAUCCAAAACUGAAAGCAUCUUUAAUUGGGACAGCAACUCCAAUUGAUCCUCAAUUAGAUGAUUCCAUAUAUCCAAUUCUUUAUAAUAUUCUGAAUGAGUCUUGUGAGACAAGCCUUGACUUCGAUAAUCGACCAGCAGUCGGAAGUUUACUCUCCAGAAUGCUAGGCUCCUCUCAUGCGAACCUUCUGAAAGUACUCGUCAGCUCCAACUUGAUCAAGACAAUGAGUUUGUUGCGAAGAUUCGAGAAAACGAAAAAACAAGAACUUCUGGAAGAGACAGCAAAAUCAGUCAAGUCAAGAAGUGUUGAUUUGAAGAGUGUCGAAUUUGAAGUGAGCACGAGAAGGAGUGCUAUUGUUUCCAGAGAACAUGCGAUAACGCAAUAUCAUCUCGUUCCUGUGGAAAAUGGAGAAGAAAACGCGUAUCGACUUGUUUCUCAAGAGUUUGUGGAUGGUGCUUUGAGUGAAUAUGACAAACAUCGGGAGCGACUGAAGCCGUUCAUUCCGGACCGUAAGAAUCCAUUCCAACAUGCUAUUGAAGAUAUCGAUCCGAUUUCAAUCAGAAGUAAUGAUCAGAAAAAAGAAGACUUUGAUGAAAUUCGUCUAGCAGCCUAUCGAGAUAUCUGUCUCAUUCCUCUUCGAUAUGUGGCUGAUAAUUUGCUCCGUGAGCAUCUUCCAGAUUUUCUUCCAGCAGUAACUCAAAUAGUUCUUUCAUCUCCAGAUCUUGCAGUCAGGCAGUUAGCAGUAGAUUUCAUGUCUAGAUUAGCCUAG